GCCCAGCCCAGAACCGCGGGCGGUGCGGACUGAGCGGGCCGGGUGCAGGCGCGGAGCUGGGCCUCUGCGCCCCGCCCGACCUCCGUCUAUAAAUAGAGCAGCCAGUUGCAGGGCUCCAGCGCGCUUUCCAACUUCCUGACUGCUUGUUCGCCUCACCGGUGGGAGCUCCAGCAUCUCCUUUGCUCGAAAUGGACCCCAACUGCUCCUGCGCCACUGGUGUCUCCUGCGCCUGCGCCGGCUCCUGCAAGUGCAAAGAGUGCAAAUGCACCUCCUGCAAGAAGAGCUGCUGCUCCUGCUGCCCCAUGGGCUGUGCCAAGUGUGCCCAGGGGUGUGUCUGCAAAGGGGUGUCGGAGAAGUGCAGCUGCUGUGCCUGAUGUGGGGACAGCUCUCCUCCCAGAUGUAAAAAGAGCAACCUGCACAACCUGGAUUUUUUUUUAAUACAACCCUGAGCUAUUUGUUGCAUUUCAUUUUGUAUUAAACAUGUGAAUGACAAUAAAACAAUUUUGACUUGAA